CUGAAUUUUAUAAGUCAAAUCUUAAUAGCACGGUUAUUAGACCAGCUGUUUUAUUUCGAGCUGCAAAAGCAAAAAUUACCUACCCUUUUUCAACAUCCUUUUAAUACAUAUUGUAUUUAAUCGUAUUUAUCAAAAUCUAUAACACUUACGUGUACGCAUAUCGAGCAAGAAGAUUAAGCACUGUUAUGGUAAAAAUGUCAAAUUUCGAGUAAUCCUUUAGUUCCAGGUUAUAUUUCAUGGUGUAAACGAGCUACGCGUGUAUUGUUACCAUAUUAUCCUCGUAAUAGUUACAGCCUAUAAGUACUUUGUUUAUAUACGUGCUAUCGCGUUUGAUUGAUAACUUGGCAUGAAAAAUUUCAAGUAAGUUGAAAGAAGAAUACAAAAACAAGAAAACAAACAAACAAAACGCUCUUUGCUUUUUCCAAGUACCUACUCUCUCAUAUUAUGUAUUAUUAUCGUAGUAAAACAAGAGAGAGGGAUUGGAAAAAUACACACAUAUUAAGAUGAUGUGUGAUGGUUGUACUCGUAGUAGUAGUAGUAGUAGUAGGCUUAGGUAUAUUAAAGUAUUAAUGAGCACAUACAUUAUAAUGUAUUGUUACACACUCUCUCUGCACUCUCUCUCUGUGGCACACAAACCAGGCAGAGGCACCGUCGUCGUGGUCGUGGUCGUCGUUUCAUUGAUAACGGCUCGUUCUCAUUGGGUGGGUUAAAAAAGAAACCCCCCUGAAUGUGUGUUAGACAAAGAGAGCUUCAUUGUUUUCUGACAUAGAAAUAAUAACGUAACGAUGAAAAAAAAAAAAAAAAGAGAAGAAGACGAGGUGGAAAAAAGAAAGAAAGAAGUUGAAGUGCGGAAUUAAAGGCGGGUGAGAGGGUGAGAGGGUGCGGUGUGUAUUGUUUCAGGGGGUAAUAAGGAUUCCGGGUGUUGUAAGUGGUGGUAGGUCGGUUAUAAAGUGAACAGGUUAUUUGGCCAGUCUGUCGUGCCGCCGAAUCCCGAAUCAGUUUUCUACUCAGACUCGACCUGAGCGAACGAACUGGUUGUUUAAUCUGGUUUCUGUCUCUAGUGCGCUGUUUUCGUUACGUACGUAAAAAAUACGAUUGAACUAUAUUUUCUCUAUCUCGAGUGCUUUUUAUUUUCGAGUUUUUUUUUUGUUUUUUCGAUUAAAAUCUCAGCCUGAAGAUGAUGGCAGCUACGAAGGAAAAUUUCCAUAAUGUUAAUUUCUUCGAUAUAUUCAAAGACACGUCUCGAUCGAUGUACGCGAAUUACUCCUCGUUCGGUGGUCGCGGCGAUACAUACGUCGACGCUCAGUACGAAUUUUCCGACGGAUGCACCCCCAGUCCGGACAGUCUCCGGUCCGGUAGCCCGGAAUACGAGUACACGAAUUUAAAUUCGCAAAAAACCAAUCACCACCAUUCGACGUCAAGCUUCGAAUUCAACGUAGAUGUGAAAAAAGAAGAGUACACCUCGUUGGCCAUCACACCAGAUUGCGAAGAAGAAGAUAGUUUAAUUAGCAGCGAAGAAGGGUUCUUCGACGAUGAUUUUGCUGAUUUUAUUGAAAAAGAUGGUAAAAAAAGAAGUCGUAAAAAUAAUGGGAAAAAAGUCAGCGUCGAGGUGAUGAAGAAAAGACGUCAAGAUGCCAAUGCCCGCGAACGCAGAAGAAUGCAGAAUUUAAAUCAAGCUUUCGACAGACUUCGAAGAGUAUUACCGUAUCCGAAUGAUAAACAGUUUUCCAAAUUUGAGACGCUGCAGAUGGCUCAGAGUUAUAUUGUCGCUUUGCACGAUCAAUUGAAGUGAGUUUUGAGAAGAGGUUGGGAGAAUUUUUUUUACUUACCAUUUUUUUUUUGAAUUUUUGUGUAUUUUUUUGAAUUUUUUUUCAAUACGUCGUGUCGGUGGAAUUUUUAUCUGUUUGUUCCUCUUUUUUGAUUUUUGCUCCUUUUUCUAAAUUUAAUUUUUUUGUCAUAUUUUUUUUUUGUAUCGAUCGAGAUUUGAUAAAUUUUGCUCGUAUUAGUGUUUAAAUUAAUGUAUUUGUAUUUUUAUUUCGAUUUUCAUUUUACGUUUUCUCUGUUUCCUUAUUUUUUGAACUACGUGUGGUGCGUUUUGAAAUUUUUUUUCGUAAAAUGUGUUUCUAAAAUUCGGUCGACGUUUCCUAAUUAUUUGUAGGCUUAUGUAAUUUAUUACCUACCUCGUAGUGUUCCUUUUCUUCAUAACGAUUCGACGUUUGAUUUUGUGUAAAAUAUAUUUAUAAGAUGAUUUAAAUUUGUAUUUUUCAGUUUAUUGAAAUAGCUACAAAUUCGAGUUUAUUUUAAAAUUAUUUUUAAGUCAUGGCUGUGAUCGUUUUGAGUAUUUUAUUCGAUAAAUUGUGCUCAACUUUUUUUUAUAACU